AGCUGGUUUGUUUACAUCGGUGGUGACCGGUGUAAAAUCGAGAUAAGCACUAAAAAUAAUAAAAACCUCAAGUAUUACUCAACAAAGAAACAAAUAUCGAGAUAUUUUCGUUUCUACAAAUGCCCCGUAAAUACUGCAAUGGAAAUAAGUAGAAAUAUCCUUGCUGGAAUUUCCAUUGCUGCUGAUAACUCAGUACUUUCUGAUAAUUUGUUUGACUUCAUUUUGAAUGAUGUAUUUGAAGUAGCUUGCGGGAAAUCUCCACUAAAAGAAAGUGAAAAGCAAAUUGUAGAUCCUGAUCACAAAACUACUCACAGUGCAUUAUUAAGUUUUGUCUUAGAAGCAGCCAAGAAUGAUGCAAAUGGACCAUCCAUUAGUGCUACUCUUGAAGAAUGUGGUAUGGACACAAGUCGUAUCUCUGCUUUGUUAUCUAAAUAUCAAGAAAAGAAGGAUAUGAUUCAACUUCAACUGAGUUUAGUCGGGAGGAGUCAUGAUCGUAUUAUUGAUGUAAAAUGGCGACAAGAUUAUGUAAUUAAGUCUAACAAUUGUGAAAAGAUAUGUGAACUGAACUACCUUAUCACACUGAAAACAUGGAAUUCUUGUACAAAUACUGAGAAAGAUAUAACUUUUUCUUGCUCAAUGGAACAACUUCAGGAUUUGGUGCUGAAGCUGAAAGAUGUGUCAAAGUGCAUUGACCGUAAUGCUGCCUGAAUAUUUUCAUUUGUAUGUUUUGUAAAUGUAUUGAAAUCAUUAAAUUGUUAUUUUUUAUGUAAUGUUGUUAAUUAGAAAAAAUAAAAAAUGUCAGA